CGCUCACCAUGGUCGGAAACGAGCGAUUUUCGUUCCAGAAAACCGUCCAGUGUUUAGCGCGGGUGCUGGCAAUGAUAAAACCGACACCGUGGGAAAAGGUGCAAACGUUGUUCAAGUAUUGUCCACAGGAGAAUGCGGCGGGAGUGUUUUGUCUUGAUUCACGGGCCCAGGAUGCGGUCAUUGCGCUCGGGUUGUACUUUCUCGAGAGUGGAUAUCAGUAUUCGAAGGACAUCAUUCCUUACCUGCUGCGCCUCGCCAAAGCCCUGCCCAAGGCAGUCUGGAUCGAUGACGUCAAACCGAACAAAAUCGAUAGAAUACCGACGGCCGAAAAGUUUUGCUUCUGUCUCAACAGCUUGCUGUCCGAUAUAGCGGUCGGGUGUCCUGAGCAUCGUGAUGAGAUCAUACUGAACCAGGUAGAAGUGCUGACGGUGCUCACGAACAUGAUAAAGGGCAGCAAAGAGAGCAGCACUCUGCCACCGAUUAUUCUGUGCAAGGCAACCGUCCCGUUGCUUCUGGGACUGGGUCGCUCGAUGGGUCGUUACGCCGUUGGUGAACCUUCGCUGCUGUGUCGAUUGUUUCCGAAGGACGAAAUAUUGGUCGUGAAAUCGCCAGAAACACCGCUCUCGAUGGCUGAUGCAAAGGACAGCACCAGUGUCAGCCAGUUCCGCUCGAUCAUACCGCGAUCGAUGUCCGGCAGCUUGACGAUCGAUUCGACGAUGGAAGCGGAAAAGUCUGCCACAAGCAGCCGCAAGAAGCAGCUCAGCUCCUAUUACUCCAUACCGUACGAUCCGACGACGUACUUUUUCGCAAAGUAUGGAUCCAGCUUCAACCAGUUUCCAAACAUGCGCUUCUGCGACUCGUUCGAGAAGCAAGAUCGUCUCCAGUUCCCAAUCAACCACCUGCAGACGAUCUUUGCACUGGCCAAGAAGUUGCUCACGAAGGAAACGCUGGAGCACCUGGACGAGCAGGCAGGCGAUAUCUUUGCCCUGAACCAGAUCAAACCGUACGGCUACAAGAGCUUCUCGGAAACGAUCACUUUGGUGAUGGUGACACUGUUGCGGGAAAUACUACAAAAUCAAACAGAUUUACCGACACCGUUCACCAAGGACGUACAGGAGUUUGUGAAGGAACUGUUCAUUAUCGGUCAAACGGAGUUGCAGAGCAAACAGCAUGACACUGCGGAUCGUGUCCGGGAUCCGUCCAACGUUGUCGUGAACAAGUACAAGAUCAACGUGAUGGCCAAUGCAGCCUGCGUCGAUCUGCUCGUAUGGGCAAUAAGAGGCGAAACAGAGGCCGACAAGCUGUGUAGCGGCCUGUAUCAAAAGCUGGACUCGGUGCAGGGACACAAGAUGGUGAUGGAUCAUAUGCCGUUGUUGAUGGUGUGCUUGGAGGGUUUAGGUAAGCUGGCGCAAAAGUUCCCCAACAUUGCCGGAACGUCCAUAUCGUUUUUGCGCGAUUUUUUGGUCAAACCCAGCCCAAUUCUGACGAAGCUGCACAUGCAAUCGCAGGCCCAGUCGAAAAAGGAGAAGGAAAAUGCCCCAUUCCGUAUAGUGGUGCAAGGAUCCGAUUUUAAAGCGUUCGAUCAUUCGACGAAACCGAAGGGGCUCACAAAAUCCGCCCAGGAAGCGUUCGAGGCGUUGCGUGAUGCGGCGAUCGAAAAUCUUAGCAUUGCACUGCGCGCUGCCCAUGCGCUCGAUCAGUACUGCGUUCCGGCGCUCGUGGCCCAAGUUUCCAAUCGGCUGUUUACGGUCGAGAAGCAGGAAAGCAAGGAAAGCCUCGUGUCCCUCAACAUCAUCGUUAUGCUGGGCCACGUAGCGGUCGCACUGAAGGACACGCCAAAAACGACCAACAACAUCCUGCAGUUUUUCAUCCAACGCUUCUGCAAGGAACCAUCGGAGCAGAACGUGCUGAUCGUCGAUCAGCUUGGCUGCAUGAUCAUCUCCAAGUGUGAACCGCAGGUGUUCGAGGAGAUCAUGAAGAUGUUCUCGCGCGUGACGGUGCAGGCGGCCUCGCUGGCUUACUCGACGAAUCCGGAGCAAAGGAAAUCCUAUCACCACGUUUCGGAUGCGGUGGUAAACGCGUUGGCCAACAUUGCCGCCAACAUACAGGGCGAGCUGGAGAUGCUGGAUCUGCUCGGGAAGCUGCUCGAGCUGUUCGUCCAGAUCGGCUUGGAAGCGGAACGCUCGUCGGACAACACGUCCGGGGCACAGAAGGCAAGCUCUAGUGCGGGCAACCUUGGAAUGCUGAUUCCGGUCAUUGCAGUGCUCGUGCGACGCCUUCCACCGAUCAAGAACCCAAAGCAGCGGCUCCACAAGCUGUUCAAGGACUUUUGGCUGUACUGUGUGGUGAUGGGCUUCACUAACUCGCGGCUGUGGCCCUCGGACUGGUACCAGGGUGUGCAGCAGAUUGCGGCCAAAUCACCGCUCCUGAUUUCGCAAACGGCGCACCGUUCGGAGAUGCGUGAGCUCAACUACACCUCGGCGAUCCGAUCCGGCAGCGUCAGCUUGAUGGAGCUGCGCCAGCAGAUACUGCUGCUGCUCGAUCACCCGCCGGCCGAUAUUACCGCUUGCAUCAACAAGCUCACGUUUGCGCAGUGCGCGUAUCUGCUGAGCGUUUACUGGCUGGAGAUGCUGCGCGUGGAGAACGCGGGUGAGCCUAGUAUCGAGCCGAUCCUUAGCUACCUGUGCGAUAAUGCGCUGCUGAAGGACAAGUACGGGAUGUGGCAGUGUGUGCGGUGCAUCGGGGAUCAGGUGUUUGAAAAGUUCCGCAGCGUGCUGCUGGCGCAGGAUGCGGUCCGCGAGAAGGUCCUCGAGUCGCAGGCGAUGCUGCUGCUGGUGUACUUCAACCACAUUCACCCGCAGAUACAGAUGGUGGCGGAUCAGUACCUGUCGCAGCUGGUCGAUAAGUUCCCGCACCUGCUGUGGAACCGGAGGGUGCUCUGGUGCAUGCUGGACGUGUUGCAGCUGCUGGCGUUCUCGUUGACGCUCAAUCCGAACGAGGAGACGCCAACGCUGCGCGUUGCUUCGACACCGUACACCCUGCAGCUGAUGGACAGUUUGCCGGCUCGGGAAAGUCGCGUGAAAGACUUUGCCGACCGGUGCCAGGGGAUAGUGAACGAGGCGAUGAAGUGGGCCCCCAAGUCGACCCGUAGCCACCUGCAGGAGUACCCUAAUCAGGUGCCGACGACCGCCCUGUCCAACCACAGUGGGCUGGCGCUGGCCGUCGAUUCCAUUUUGCAACCGUGGGUUACCAAUGCAGCCACAACGACUACCGGGACGAGCCGCAGGCCACAGUGCGUCAACAGUGACACGUCGAAGUUCGUAUCGGUGCUACGCUUGCGGAGCAAGUACGCGGGCGAAAUUUCCGGAGUGCUGUCGGUACUGGAGGAUGAGGAGAAGCGCGGUCUGGCGGAUCGGCUGGUGCGCGAGAUUUGGGAAGCGUGCGAGGAGAAAAGUGACGCCCGGCACCGUGGAGCCCUGUGGCGUGCCACGGCCUAUCUCAUUCUUUGUUCGAGCGCUAACCGCAAGCUGCUCCAUGCGAUCUCCUCGUCGCAGGUCCUUCUGUUCACGGAAUCAGCUAUGGAAACGGCCGUCGAGUGUUGGCAGUGGAUUCUGACCGCCCGGCAGGAUCUGGAGCUAUGCUUUAUCCAGGAGAUGGUGGCCGCUUGGCAGACGACGUUCGACAAGCGGAUGGGCCUGUUUGCGCAGGAAAACGACGUGACCAGUCCGCUGGCAGCGUACGAGGGAUGUAAACUGGUGCCGAAACCGAUCGUCGUCGCACCGCACCAGAUCUGGUUGCAGUUGCUGUCGGAGAUGGUGGACACGGCCAAGUACUGCAAUCGGGAUAAGGUGGAGAUGUUUUGCAUGCUGCUGCACCGCUGUCUGCCGUUCAGUCGUGAUUUCAAGCAAAACCGUCACAUCUCGACGGUGGGCUGUCGAUUUCGGCUGUUGCAGUGUGGUCUCUCGCUGCUUCAGGGGAACACGAUUCCGAAAUCGCUCGCUCGGAACAUUCUGCGCGAACGCAUCUACGCCAACGCGCUCGAUUACUUUUGCGGGCCGCCCAUGUGCCCGAGUCAGCCGCGCGAGGCGCUACUCGAGGACAUCGCGACGCUGCUCAAGUUUUGGCAGACGAUGCGCAGCGAAAAGAAGCACCUGGUCGCGUCGGAGGUGAGCGAUUACGAGCUGCACGUGGCGACAUCGACGAACCUGUCCGUGCAGAAGGUGUCGCUCGAUGCGGUCUCCCUGGCCGGAAGCGAAGUGGCACGGUCCACGAGCAGUGGUAACGCCGGAUGGUACAACACGAUCCCGCACUCGACGUCGACGCUGUCGAAGCGCUCCGCACGGAUCAAGCGGCCGCCGUACCCAAAGGAUGCGUACGACAAGGAUUACAUGAAGAAGCGGAACCUCAUUCUGGAGUUGCUGGCGGUCGAGAUUGAGUACAUGUCGAUCUGGGCCAAUCCACUGUCGUCGCCGGAGCUGCAAAUUCCUGGCGAAGAAUCGGUGGCCGAGUGGCGCGCUCGGCCACUGAAGCUAAACCUUUGGCGGGACUUUACGCGCCUUGCCUGGUCGUACAACCCGGCGCUGGCCAUAUUUUUACCCCAGCGCAUACGGAACGCGGAAACGGUCGAGGACGAGGUGACGCGUCUCGUCUGCUCGGACCCGAUGGCGGCCGCACACAUUCCGGAGGCGCUGAAGUACCUCGUGACGACGCGCACCGUACUGAACGAGUCGCCCGAGCUGGUCUACAUGCUGACGUGGGCCCACGUCAAUCCGAUACAGGCCCUGUCGUACUUUUCGCGCCAGUAUCCGUCCCAUCCGUUGACGGCCCAGUACGCCGUGAAGACGCUCAGCUCCUACCCGGCCGAAGCGGUCCUACCGUACAUUCCGCAGCUGGUGCAGGCUCUCAGACACGAUACGAUGGGCUACGUAACGGAACUGAUCAAGCACAUAUCGAAACGGUCCCAGAUUGUCGCCCACCAGUUGAUAUGGAACAUGCAAACGAAUAUGUACAUUGACGAGGAAAUGCACCAUCGCGACAGUAAGUAUGCUCGCGCUGGCCAGCUCGUCAGUAUCACCAGUAUGCUCGUUUCGCUUCCAGUGCUGUACGAUGCCCUGGACGGACUGGCGCAAAACAUCAUCUCGUCCCUAUCCGGACCAGCGAAGCGAUUCUACGAACGGGAGUUUGAUUUCUUCGGCAAAAUAACGGCCGUAAGCGGGGAGAUCCGUUCCUUCCCGAAGGGACAGGCUCGCAAGAAGGCCUGCCUUGAGGCACUCAGUCGUAUCAAGGUGCAGUCCGGAUGCUAUCUACCGUCGAACCCGGAAGCGAUGGUACUGGACAUCGACUACAACAGUGGCACCCCGAUGCAGAGCGCAGCAAAAGCGCCAUAUUUGGCCCGGUUCCGUGUUCAGCGCUGUGGCAUCAUGGAGCUCGAAACGAUGGCAAUGGAAGUGUCGAACAGUACUGGCGGAAUGGACCCGCACGCGAUCACCGACGGUCCGCGGCUCAAUUCGCUCGGACCGGAAGCGUGGCAGGCGGCGAUCUUCAAGGUGGGUGACGACGUGCGGCAGGACAUGCUUGCGCUGCAGGUCAUCUCGAUCUUCAAGAACGUGUUCCAGCAGGUCGGGCUCGAGCUGUACCUCUUCCCGUACCGUGUCGUCGCCACAGCGCCCGGUUGCGGUGUUAUCGAGUGUGUGCCGAACGCCAAAUCACGCGACCAGCUUGGCCGGCAGACCGACUUCGGACUGUAUGAGUACUUCCUGCACCAGUAUGGCGAUGAAACGUCGAAAGAGUUCCAGUCGGCCCGCAGCAACUUUGUCAAAUCGAUGGCGGCCUACUCGGUGAUCGGUUACCUGUUGCAGAUCAAAGACCGGCACAACGGAAACAUUAUGAUCGACAAGGAUGGCCACAUCAUUCACAUCGAUUUUGGCUUCAUGUUUGAAUCAUCACCCGGCGGGAACAUUGGCUUCGAGCCGGACCUGAAGCUAACGGACGAAAUGGUGAUGGUGAUGGGGGGCAAGAUGGAAGCGGCACCGUUCAAGUGGUUCUGCGAUCUGUGCGUCCAGUCGUUCCUAGCCAUCCGCCCGUACCAGGACGCGAUCGUGACGCUUGUGUCGCUCAUGCUCGACACCGGCCUGCCGUGCUUCCGAGGCCAGACGAUCACGCUGCUCAAGCAGCGCUUUGUGCCAACCAAGAACAGCAAGGAGGCGGCCGUGCACAUGCUGGGAGUGAUACGCAAUUCGUACCAAAACUUCCGGACGCGCACGUACGACAUGAUCCAGUUCUACCAGAACCAGAUUCCGUAUUAAGGGUGCAAAAGGGUAAAGGGUUUGGUGGUUCCACUGGGUGAAUGUAAGCUUCAAACGUUACCAAAGGUUAGAGGUGAAAACGACACAGACCGACGGGGUCUAACGGCUAUCGUCCGUGUGUGCGUUUAUUUAAAUUAAUUGUUGUUACUCUGUUUGUUGACAAGGCAAGGAAAUAAUCAACUCCGUAACACGGUAAUAAAGGCAAGCUAUU